CUUCUGUAAAGUGUAGCUGCACCAUCAACAUGACUGAAACGUGAUGCUAACUUGCCGCUAGCUCGCUAACCUAGCUACCAAGCAAUUUUGCAAAGAGGAAACGCACACAACACAAGAUAAGGUUUACAGACACGUAGAGACAUAACUAACGUGUACCAUAUUAAGUGUGUAUGCAAAGUAAAUAAAGUAUUACGGGUAACAGACCUUCUGAAACUCCUGCUCAAUGCUCAAGGUAAUGGCGUGCGCCCUCUCUGCUGCCAUGAGUACUCUGUUUGCCUGUGAGGAGCCAGCUACGUGGAGGAGUGUGUAUGAGAAAUACUGGGAUGUAGUGGAGGCCAAGGCCAAAGGCAAGACACAUGGAAAACUGCUGAAACUUGACAAGUGGUAUCAAGAGGAGCUGCCCGCAUUAAUUUCAAGUCGACAGGACAAACACAUCACUCUGUCCGAGCUGGUGAAACUGAUGGAGUGGAAGCUCACUAGAGGGAAGUUCAGGCCGAGGCUGCAGCAGCUGGUGGCGUCCAACAGUGAGGACACUGUGGAGAAAUGUUCCAGAAAGGCCUUCAGCCUCCUGCCUGAUGUGCAGGCAGCAGUCGCAGAGCUCAGCUCUAUGAAAGGAGUCGGCCCAGCCACCGCUUCAGCUAUGUUGGCAGCAGGAGCUCCAGAGCAAACUGCAUUCAUGUCCGAUGAAGCCAUGGAGAGUGUACCAGGACUAAAGCCCAUCCAGUACACAGCCAGGCACUAUGCUUUGUACCUGGACAAGAUGGUCAAACAGACUGAAAAACUAAACAAAGUGGAUCCCCAGCAGGACUGGACGCCCCACAGGCUGGAGCUGUGUCUGUGGGCGUUGACCAUAGCCACACAGCAGCAGCUCCCACUCCUAAAGGAUGUCGAUGUGAAUGUCUGUGGUGUUCAGUGCUCAGACUCUGACAUUGACCGGAAACCAACAAAAAAACUCAAAACAAGAUGAAAAAUGACCACUAUUGUACAGUACAUUUUACAUUACAGCUGCUUUAAUGUUUGUGAGCCUUUUAAAAAUAUUUGUCCAAAAUAAUAAAGCCUUUAUAUGAGCA